AGGCUGAAGCAGGAGGAUCGCUCGAGCCCAGUAGUUUGAGGCUGCAGUGAGCUAUAUCUGGCUACUACUCCACUCCAGCCAGUGUAACAGAGCUAGACCUUGUCUCUUAAAAAAAACAAACCCAAAACAUUCAUUAAUAUACAUAUGUAUACACUUUGUAUACAUAUACAGAAAAUGAAUGGUUUAAAAAGGACAUUCAUCACAAUACUUUUAUGUGCAUGUUGUUGAGAUGUACAAAUUUAAAACUUUAAAUCUGGAGGUCUGCUUCCCUUCAGGAACAUACAUUUCAAUCCCUUAACUGUUCAUUGACUCAUGGUGUUUGAGUUAGGAGACAAGGCAUUUGCAGUAUUUACGUUUUAGAACAGAACUCUGCCACUCACUAGCUGGGAAAUCUACAAGGUACUUAAGCUGUCUGAGUGACAUUUCCCUCAACAAUAAAAUGAGCAACAGUGCUUGCUUGCUUCACAGAGCAAUAGUGUUAAAUUAAUCUAUCACAUGCUUGACACAGACCAGGUGCCAAAUUCACAUUAAUUUAUUUCCCUUUAAAAAACUCAUAAAUUAGUGUGUGUGUGGCGGGGGUUGUGGGCGGGGGGUUGCCAAAUCUUCACUUUUGUUAUACUGGGUAGACACACUAUCUUCUCCCUUUUAAGUGAACUAAGUCCUCAAACACAGUCAGGGUCUAUUCUGAAGUCUAGAGAACUGUUAUCUUAGUUUCCACAUGGUAUGAACUUACUGUUGUUGAAUAUGCGGAUAUGUGUGAAUUAACUGUCACUUAAUUUUUUUUUUGGUUUUUUUUUUUUGCAAACUCAUAAAAUCCCAGAAGCCAGGGGUCUGUUGUUUAUUCAUUCAGCCUCCUUCUGAGUCAUUCAGGUACAGGGUGUGUCUAUCAAUUGAAACUGCACAGCGGAGGAAGUUUUGAGUUCACAUCUGCCGGGAUGGUAGGUAAGGCAGUGCGACCAGGGACCGGGUGGAAGCCUUCUUUGUAACAAACAGCAGGGCAGGGGCAGAAGUACCCUGACCUUGCCGCUCGGGCAGUCAUGACCAAGGCCACCUCUCACCCUCCCGUUCUUAAGUAGCAUCAAGGCAAAAGGGAAGGAUGGGCGAGGUGCAAGUAUUGAGAUUUGGGGACCCUUGAGUUGCCUCCCAAGUAGAAGGUGAGAGAGGGGCGCCCACCACAGCCGGGCAGGGCGGCUCUUCCCCUUUGGAAAUUCCUGAGCUGCCCAAGCUUUUUAAAUCUCUCAGGCCCCGUCAGCAGCCCACCUCCUCAAAGGCCACACACUGGCCAGAAUCUGGGACAAACGGCCGACUUAGUGCCCGGCUGAGCGAGGGAAACCCCCGUCCAACACCAAGGCCGGCGCCGGCCCACGUCGCUGUGCGCGCUGGGGAAGCCGCUUUCUGCCCCUCGGACCGCAAGUUUCGAGGCAGCACCGGGAUCAGGGGCGGAGGGAUGAGCGAGCAGAGGACCCCCCCAGUCCCUGCUCCCUCCCGGGCCGCUCGCCUACUCCGUACCUCUCGCAGCCCCUUCCCUGCCUCUCCUUCCCGGAGCGCAGCCGAGACUCCCUGAGCCCCGGUUUCCCCCGCCCGUUCCACAGUGGCCCCGGGGGCGCCCGGUCACAGUCCUGGGACUCGGAUCCUCCUAGGGCUGCGGGGCUAGGGGACCAGGGAGGUGCGCUGCGAGACGCCGGGUCGUCCUCUGCCCGCUAAGACUUUUCGGGAGAAAAGUUUCCAAAGGGUCUCCACCGCCUCUCUUUCCCGGGGCUCCGGAGUGUCCUCUCCCACCGCCCGGGCGCGGUGGACAUCUGGGCGCGGGCCGUGAUUUAUACGUUAGAAUCCAGGGUUGCCAGGCUCCGCCCCUUCUGUUUUUUCUGCCCCAGAUCUUUUCUGGACCGUGUUUCUCAGCAGCUCGGAUCCGGGAGCCCCCAGCCGCAGGCGGAGGGCGUGGGGCGGGGGGUUAAAGCGUUAACCCCUCCCAGUCUCUUCCUAAAGAAGCCACCCAGCCUUAGCGCGGCGCUAGGCGACUUCGCUUUGCUGGCAGGAGCGGGCGGCGGAGAACGGGACAGGCCAUUGGACUGCACCGCUGCGGAGGGAGGGGACCCGGCUCCAGUAAGUUUGCAAGAGCACGACGCAGUCAGUCGGGGGCAGCAGCAAGAUGCGGAGCGCGCGGUGCAGACCCGGAGCUCUCCGAACGCAGCUUCGCCCCGCCUGAGCGAGGCUGCGGUUUCCGAGGCCCUCUCCAGCCAAAGGAAAAGCUACACAAAAAGCCUGGAUCUCUCACCGAACCACCCCUGCAGCGACCGAAGGCUCGCUCGGCCUCGCCCUCUAGCGUCCGUCUGGAGAAGCGCCACCCCCCACCCCACCGCGGGUUCCCGGGGACACCGUGUGGCACCAUGGGGUCCACCAGCAUCCCGCUGGUCAAGGCCCUCCGCAGCUCGGUCUCCGACUAUGUCAACUAUGAUAUCAUCGUCCGGCAUUACAACUACACGGGGAAGCUGAAUAUCAGCGCAGACAAGGAGAACGGCCUGAAGCCCACCUCGGUGGUGUUCAUCCUCAUCUGCUGCUUCAUCAUCCUGGAGAACAUCUUUGUCUUGCUGACCAUCUGGAAGACCAAGAAGUUCCACCGCCCCAUGUACUAUUUCAUCGGCAACCUGGCCCUGUCGGACCUGUUGGCCGGGGUGGCCUACAUCGCCAACCUGCUCUUGUCCGGGGCCACCACCUACAAGCUCACCCCGGCGCAGUGGUUCCUGCGGGAAGGGAGCAUGUUCGUGGCGCUGUCCGCCUCGGUGUUCAGCCUCCUGGCCAUCGCCAUCGAGCGCUACAUCACCAUGCUGAAGAUGAAGCUCCACAACGGGAGCAACAGCUUCCGCUCCUUCCUGCUCAUCAGCGCCUGCUGGGUGGUGGCGCUCGCGCUGGGCGGGCUGCCCAUCAUGGGCUGGAACUGCGUGGGCGCGCUGCCCGGCUGCUCCACCGUGCUGCCGCUCUACCACAAGCACUAUAUCCUCUUCUGCACCACGGUCUUCACGCUGCUGCUGCUCGCCAUCGUCAUUCUCUACUGCAGGAUCUACUCCUUGGUCAGGACUCGCAGCCGCCGGCUGACCUUCCGCAAGAGCGUCUCCAAGGCCAGCCGCAGCUCCGAGAAGUCGCUGGCGCUGCUCAAGACGGUCAUCAUCGUCCUGAGCGUCUUCAUCGCCUGCUGGGCGCCGCUCUUCAUCCUGCUCCUGCUGGACGUGGGCUGCAAGGUGAAGACCUGCGACAUCCUCUUCAGAACCGAGUACUUCCUGGUGCUGGCCGUGCUCAACUCCGGCACCAACCCCAUCAUCUACACUCUCACCAACAAGGAGAUGCGCAGGGCCUUCAUCCGGAUCGUGUCCUGCUGCAAGUGCCCCGGCGGAGACGCCGCCGGCAAAGUCAAGCGGCCCAUCGUCGCGGGCGUGGAAUUCAGCCGCAGUAAGUCGGACAACUCGUCCCACCCCCAGAAGGACGAUGGGGACAACCCAGAGACCAUUAUGUCUUCUGGAAACGUCAACUCUUCUUCUUAAGACUGGAAGCUGCCGACCCACCUGGAGCUCUUACGAGGUCGCCCACCACCCCAGCGUUUGGGAAACAAAUCUCUGGGCUUCCCCUGCCGCCGGGGAGGAGCUGCUGCGAGCCGGAGGGAGGACACGAACAGCCUGGUGGUGCCGGGGUCGGUGGGUAGUGAGUUCCUGCGAACAAUGCACUGGGAAGGGUGGAGAUCAGGCCCCGGCCUGGAAUAUGUUUCCUCCCCCCACCCCUUGGAGCUUUGAUUUUGCACUGAGCCAAAGGUCUAGCAUGGUCAAGCUCCUGAAGGGUUCUUUGGGCCCCCCCUCAAAGACUGAUAUCCCCACGUGAAAGCGUCUGUCUGUCUGGAGCUUUGAGGAGAAAAUGUUUUCUUUCACUUUAGUUUCAAACCCAAGUGAGCGCGUGCACUUCCGCUUCUCUAGGGAUGCCCUGCGUGUCCCACCCUCCCUCCUGAAAAUUCCUUUACUUUAUAUUUUAACUACCUGGCACUCAUCAGACCUGAAGUUGCAGCACGGUCCAUUUCCUGAUCAUCUGUAGCAGGUAGGCUGCCUGGAGUAGGUAGGCGGCGAGGAGGUGGAGGAGGUUUUGGAGGGGUAGAGCAAUUUUCAUUUGCUGAGGCCAAAGUUUCCAUGUAAGCAGGAUCAAUUUUUUGAAUUUGGCUGAAGGCACUUUGAUUUUUUUGGAAAAACCAUCUUUCAGUGAAAUGUGUUACAGUUUCAUGUUCACUGUGGCUGAAAUCUGCCUAAGGAAUUCCACUAUAUCUAAAUGAUACCAGCCAGGAUCCUUGGUGUCAUAGGGGAAGCAAACAAGCAAAACAAGGUGAAAACUCACAGAGUUAACUUUUGUAAACCAAGGGAGAUUUCCUAAUGAAUUAGUCUAAUGAAUACAACAUCUGUCUUUGGCACUUUUGUUGAUGUUUAUUUCAGAGUGUUGUGUGAUUCAUUUCGAGCAACCAGAUGGUUGUAUUUUGUCGUGUGAAAAGUACUUUUUAUGAUUUUUGAAUGUAUUUGUUUCAGUGGGGAUCAUUUUAUUGGAUUUUUUUCUAACCUGUGUUAACACCAUUGAAUGUGUAUUUCUCAAGAAAAUACCACCCUCUUGUGCCCUUAAAAAAAGCAUUACUUUAACUGAUAGGGAAUACCACAAGUUUUUCAGUUCAGCUGUUCAUUAGAUAAUAAUUGAAGACAUGUAUAAAUAUUACAAAGAAUAAAAAUAUAUUACUGUCUUUUAGCAUGGUUUUCAGUGCAAUUAAACCAAGAAAUGUCUUGUUUAAAAAAAUAGUAUUUAAUAGGUUUCUGACUUUUGUGGGUCAUUUUGCACAUAGCUUUAUCAACUUUUAAACAUUAAUAAAUUGAUUUUUUUGUAAAGA